AGAUAUGCUACUACACGCAACAUCUCUACAGGAACACAUUUGACAACCGCUUCAGCAUUAGUGAAACUUAAACUUUGAUCAUUUGACAUAUUUUGCAUUCUCUAAUCGCGUCUGUCUGAAUUAAUUUUUGGUAGACGCCUUAGGCAUGAUGAUUAUAAGACAGCUUAGGUCAGAGGCGACUCGCUGCUUACGCUGUAGGUGCAAGCGCUAGGGUAUCACGUCGCAAAAUAUCAGCGUGACUGCAACAAUCUUGGCGGGUUUAAGAAACAAGUGAUGGAAACAGACACGGUUUCGGUGGAGCCACGUUGGAAACGUGACUUGGAGUUACUUUGUAAAGCCCCGAGAGCGGCGAGCAACUUUAUCACCUCAUCUCUAGAAAAAUGUUUUUAUAGAUUGGGGAAAGUAGUCGGCGGCAGUCCAUGGAUCACCAUUUUUAUUUCAUUAGCUACUUGCGGAGUAUGCCUCUUAGGUGUUCUCAAAUUUACUAAGGAGAAUAGAGUAGAUAAGCUUUGGACGCCACAAGAUUCGACCGUCCAAAGACACAAAUUAUGGAUACAAAAGAACUUCCCGGCACAGAUGAGAGUUUCUAGUGUGCUUCUUGUGGCCGAUAAUGUCCUUACUCCCGAGGUUAUGAAAGAGGCUUUAAUGGUCUAUGAGAGGGGAACAAAAAUUGAUCAAAAGACUAAAUAUUCCUGGGAGAAUAUAUGUUUCAGGUAG